AAUCACCACAAGCACAUUUGAUCAGAACUAUCAACAUGUCUCAACAGCAGAUAUCUGCGAAGAAGCAGCAAGAGCUGCAAGUCCAAUAUUCAAAUUACAAGGAAACGCUCCAAGCCAUCGCACAGAAAAUCGGCGACGUCGAGCAAGAAACCGAAGAACACAAGUUGGUGCUAGAGACAUUGACGCCAUUGUCUGGUGAUCGCAAGUGUUUCCGGAUGAUCAAUGGCGUUCUUACCGAGAGGACUGUGAAGGAUGUUUUGCCUGCUCUUCAGACGAACGCGGAUGGUUUGAAGAAGGUGCUGGACGAUCUUGUGAAACAGUAUACGAAUAAGCAGACGGAGAUGGAGAAGUGGAAGAAAAAGAACAAUAUCCAGGUCGUGCAGCAAUGAACAAAGUGAAUAUCGUUGUGCUUCGAGCAAAUGGGACUGCGCUCAUCUAAGUUUCAGUGCGUGGAAGAACUCAGAAUACCAGACAGUGUAACAGAAAGUGGUGUCUGAGGCUCUGGUCUUCCCGGCAGAUGCUCAGGGUCAGCAUGAUGCAGGCAGUGACCGCAACCUGCUCGCUCUCUGCACCUACACACCGUUGGACGUCAUCAUCUCGGCACGACCAGAUCUUUGGAAGUAGGCCACGACAUCGAUGAAUCACUUGACGAUCACGAACGGAGAAGAUUGCAGUGCCCCGAGGUGCAUCUGCUCGGCAGUCACCAGAUAGCACAUUCGGGCCGGUGCAAGCAUGUUGUUCGGCGAACAUCAUGAGCCGAGUUCUGAAGAACCUACUUUGAUAGAUGCGCUGUAAAAGGAGACCCUCCGUCAAGGUAAUUGCCAACCGAGCGAUCCAUCUCACUGUCUUGUUUCUCCCCACUUCUAGACUCCAUGUUAUGGUGGGCCGUCACC